AUGAUUAAGAGCAAGCCGGUGAUGAAUUUGGCGUUGAAACAGGUCGGUGAAGUGCUGAUGAAGGCCAUUGAUGUCAAGGAUGAGGUUCGAGGACGGGGUUUGGCUGAGCAGAGGAAACAGGCCGAGAAGGAAUUGAAUCAUGAUAUGAAGUAUUCGAAAGAGACGUUUCCAAACUUGUUUGUGAAUAGUAAUCGUGGUAAUAGAGGGACGGGACGUGGAGGGGUGAUUGGGUUUAUAGACCGGGAAGACGGAGUCAGAAGAUGUUCACGGUGUUUAUGGGAAGUACCGGGGCGGUCGACCGAGUGUCCUAAUUGUGGACUGCUCGUAGAUGCUCCAGAAGAUCAAGACGAACAGGAUCUGAUUGACGAUUUGGAUGUAGAUGGAGACGAUUAUGGCGAAAGUGAAAACGAUGCGCAUUUCCGACGACGACCUCUUUUCAGUGACGAGGCAGAACAGGACGACGAUGAGGACGAUGAAGGAGACGAUGUUAUGGCAGACAAUUCUAUUGAAUCUAUGGACGAAUACGACGAGGAGUUGGAUGGAGGGUUUAUUGACGAUGACAGUAUUGCUGAUUAUCUCGAUGAAGACGACGAUGAUGGAGAGCACACGUCGUCGUCGCGGUUGUUUAACCGGUACCUUUCAGACCAUGCGACAGACAACAGUCAUUCUCACGAUGACAACGAUAAUGAAAGUGAUUCUCACGAUUCGUUUGAUCUAAGUUUAGAUCACAGCGACAAUGAAGACGAAGACGACGAUAUGCAUUUGACACGAGGCGACCGAAAUGCGGUUCUUGGACGAGGACCCGGUCGUCGACUCGGACGAGGUAACUCUUCUACCUCCAGCACCAAUACCAUCACCACUGGACCGAGAAACCGACGAAGUACAACCACAACAACAACCACGACCACCUCCACCACAACACGGACCCGCGGCCAACCCGUGAUCUCGAUCAGUUCCGACGACGAGGACGACGCCGAACUCGACCAACUGGGCCGGUCACUGGCACACCGCGGUCGCACCGUCGUCCUCUCAGAAGACGAAGACGACGACUCCGAACCGCAUGAACCACUCACUAGAAACGGCCCUGGCCGCGCCAUUCUCAUCGACGACUCGGACUGA